UUCUCUGUGUGUAGUCAAUGAGAUUGGGUGUCACUGGGCACCGUCAUUCCCCCAUUCUGAUCACGCCAUAUACUCCAGACCUUCUGCAUUUCUCCAGUCUGUGCAAUCUCUGGUUGCUUGCCCCCCAAUUCCUGCACCAUGAAGACCCCCCUGAUCUUCCUGAUAUCCCUCACCACCCUCUGCACAGCUACAGGAGUUGAAGCUAUGGAGACUCACCAUCUAUACGGCGCGAUUGGCUCAUCUGUGCUCUUUCCUGUAGUCGAUGUUGAUAAUGACACAUUUUAUGACUUGAUUCGAGCCGAUGAAAGUGUUGUAGUGACAUGUUAUGGAGUCUGCCAAGUGCGGUUUCCGUACACCGAACGUGGCCACUUCUACCAAAAUAACGGGACAUUUCUUUUGAAUGAGUUGAGAGCCGAGGACAACGGAACUUUUGUCUACAAAAUCAACUUGAUCCCGAAGGGACGGAUCCAUCUCCUGGUGAUGGCUGCAGUGAAGGAACCCGUCUUGCUGAAACAGGAGGCGAUAGUAAAUGGUAGCCAAUGUCUGGUCACCUUCACAUGCCAAGCCGAGGGCGAUGGUCCGUUCAACUUCACACUUCUCAGGGAUGAUAAUGAGAUAAUACAAAGUGUCAUCGGCCCAGACAACUCCAGCUCUGUCAUUAUGGAUGGCUGGCAUCCAAAAACUUUUGGUAGAUUCUCCUGUAUGGUGGCAAAUGCGAUCAGCUCCCAAACAUCUCCUGCUAUUGAACGUCUACCUCCAGUGCCCCUGAAGGGGAUGGUGAUGGAGCUGAUUGUGAUCGCUUUCCUGUGCCAUUGGAUCUUCGCCUUGUGCAUCCUGUGUGUGAAAUAUAUUUGUAUGAAGUUGAGAAAAGAGAAGAACAAUAACAAUGAAGAGAAGAACCAUAACAAUGAAGAGAAGAACCAUAACAAUGAAGAGAAGAACCAUAACAAUGAAGAGAAGAACCAUAACAAUGAAGAGAAGACUCUACAGAGCGAUGCUCAUCAUCAUCAUCAUCAUCAUGGACCUGAACACCGAGACACAGCCAGCAGGGCCGACGGCUCGCUUUCCAUCCGCCCACUUUCCAGGUGGGGGUGUCCAAAUCACACCCAUUCUACAGUGAACGAGGACAAGAUACUCGGCCUGAUCAACAGAACCUUCACUAUUGCAGACAAUAUUCUCGGGUUCUUAAAAGAGUUUGCUGUGCUGAUCAUCUGUCUGGACGAAGCGAUUAUGCCAGCAGGGUGGUGGUGUGCCGUCGCUGCCGUGCCAGGAUCUUUUCUGCUCUGUAGAGUGAUCUACUGGAUAUUUUUCUUCAUGAACAGACAUAGAGAAACAAAUGUAAGAUUCUCUUCUACUGUGGGAGUUUUCUGUAGCCCGGCCAUGAUCGCCUCCAAUAUGAUUGUCAUUCCGGCAUUCUGCAUUGCUAUCCUGGUGAUCCUCCUCAUACGCUAUCGCCCUCCUUGCGGAACGAUGGACAUUUCGCCACUUAUUCUAACCGCUGUCUGUGUACUGAUUUUCAUCUUCUACUUAUGGAUAAAAUCCAAAGUCAAGGCUAAAGGAAAAGAGUACAUCCAAGGGAAGGAAGAUCAACCGGAAUCUCAACAGCUAGUAAACGUACCUAACGGUGACAUAGGACGACCAAAGAACAAUGGUGACAUAGGAGCACCAGAGAACAAUGGUGACAUAGGACGACCAAAGAACAAUGGUGACCUAGGAGGACCAAAGAACAAUGGUGACAUAGGACGACCAAAGAACAAUGGUGACCUAGGAGGACCAAAGAACAAUGGUGACAUAGGAGGACCAGAGGACAACAGAAACCCUAAUUGUGAAGGACCUGUUCUUCCUGGUAUCGUAGGCAAUCCAAAUGUUGAUCAAGAAGCUCCAAUGCAAAGUGAGGUCUUCAAUGAGGGAGACCCAGAAGACCAAAUGAUCCCUAAGCCCAAGGAUGGUCAACUAGCCGAAGAGGUCCCAUGUAACAGUCACGUGGGAGCAGGACAUUGCUUACUGACUAUUGAGAAGGAGUUAGUGGUUGACAAGGGUCCAGUAUCGAAUGGUUAAUGAAGAUUGAGAGAGGUUUUUUUUUUCAGGUCCGCUAAGUGGAAGAAUUCUGAACCUUCCCCAGGAAAUCUAUCUACUCUGCAGCUGUGCAGAGAGACACCAGGUCGAGAUGAACCUGGUGAAGAAGAGCAGAAACAGGAAGAGGAAAUACUGUAUGUAUAAGGAAUUGAUGUAGUACUGUAUGAUUAUGUAUGAACCCGUACCUAUGUACAGAUAACGCGGCUAGUAUGGUUAUCGAAAGUACAAUGCAAUUCCACAUUUUUCUUGCAUUACCAGUAACGGUACAACGCGUUUCAGCACUGCCAUGUGGUUAUUAUGAUGGUUUUAAGGUCCAAUAUAAUGAAAAAAUAUUGUGUUAACUGUAUAUGGUGAAUAUGGCCGUGCAACACUGUAGCCAUAUGACAUAUCACUUUUACACAAAAAAUAUAGCUUUAUUUUAGAUUUUUUUGCUAAACAAAGGAAACAAGACAGAAAAGAAAAAGUUUUUCAUAGUUUGUUAUACAAAUUUUCAAACAGGUAAUUUUUCUCCUUCAGUGAUGGGCACUUAUGGGCACUGAU